GACCUCAAUUUUCGGUCCCAAGAUUCGUAUACUGCUAACACAAGAUCAGAAAGUUCAAAUUCAAGUCCGCCCAAAUUGCACUUCGAGUUCGAAGCUUUGCAAAAUAGGCCCAACUUUUAGCCCAAGUUUCUGUGGAAUACAGACCGGGAGAGUGUGGAGACACGGAUUCGAAGGAGCGUGGGUGAGUGAGGAGGAAUUUUCCUAAUCAAUGAGCGUGGACUAUAAAGGUUUCUUCACUGAACCCAAUCGACACUACUAUUUUUAUUUUCCCCAUAAAUCGAAGAUCAUCCAAAGAAAACUCAGAAUCCCAGAUUUUGCUUCCAGAACGAGCUCUUUGUGAUUGUCUGCGGCAUGGCGACUGCAUCCGAUGAAGCCACGAGCAUCUGCAGUCACUGUGACAGAUCUAUUCCUUCUACAAAUAUUGAUUUGCAUUAUGUUCAUUGCUCCCGAAAUCUAGAAAGAUGUAAACACUGUGGUGACAUGGUUCCCAAAAAACAUGCUGAGGAACAUUACUUAAAUACCCAUGCUUCGGUAUCCUGUUCACUCUGUAGUGAGACAAUGGAACGUGAAAUUUUAGCUGUUCAUAGGGGUGAAAAUUGCCCCCAAAGGAUUGUCACAUGUGAAUUUUGUGAAUUUCCUUUGCCUGCAAUUGAUCUGUCAGAGCAUCAGGAAGUAUGUGGCAACCGAACAGAAUUGUGUCAUCUGUGUAGAAGGUACGUUAGACUGCGUGAAAGGAAUGACCACGAAGCCAACUGCAAUGGUGUCUCAUACGAUAGUGUUGGUGUACCUGAUAAUAUUGUCAGUCCUUCCAGGGAUGCUAGGGCAGCUGAAAGAGAGCAAGGUGGGCGGAGAAGGCCACCACAGGAGUUUUCACAGAGACGUGUUCUAUUCACCAUUGCAAUAACAGGCAUUGCUGUUAUAUUAGGAUCACUCUUCUUCCAGAGGAAGACUGAGAACACUGAAAUGCAUUAGGAGCAGGGAAAGAACUUUAUGGUGGUGUAUUCAUUUUGCCUGGAACUGAAUUAUUUUGAGAAAAUACUGCAAUAACCAUUUGAACACGUAAGGAUGCCGCUGAUAUAUAAAACAUAUAUUAUUGACAUUUUAUUCA